AAGGUACGGCUAUUCAAGCAGAGAUAGAAGAAGAAACGCAGGAGAAGGGGGAUCGAAUCAGAUCUUAUAGAAAGGCUUUACAGGCAGAGAGGAGCAGAGGCAAGGGGGAGCAAAGACACUGACACGAAGCAAGAAUAGAAGAAGGUACUUUAGGGAGGAGGAGGAGAAAAAAGAAAAUCAGAAGUGUUAAAAAGAGCAGGAGGAGAGUAAAAGAGGAGCUGUGGACCAAACGAGGAGAAGAAAUUAAAGACGUGUAGCGAGAAAAGAAGAGCGGAGAGCAGCGAGAAAACGAGACAAACUCCGAGGCUGCCAUACUAUCAGAACAGCUGGCUGCGGUAACCUACAGAGAAAGAUGCAGGCCUCGAUGCUGCUCGGCUGCUUCGUCCUCGCUGCGACUAAAUACUUCCUCGUCUCUGCCCACAUGAUCCCUGAUGAGACUCAGUACGCCAAUAAGGUCAUGGCUGUAACUACCACUUUGUCUCAGAACCUGGAAGCAGCCUCGCCCCCUGUUGUUAUUGUCGAACUACCGAAAGCAACAAAGAAGAACAAGAAAAAGAAACCAAAAAAGAACAAAUUCGGUGCAAAGAAGCGCCCUCCUCCUCCUGCUAACUGCGUCGCACUCUGGCAAAGCUGUAAAUCUCCGGGCAAUGUGUGCUGUGAUUACUGCGCUCACUGCCAGUGUCGCCUCUUCAGAACUGUGUGUUACUGCCGAAUGGGCAACCCCCGCUGCUGAAACACCAGCUCCAGCUCACCAGAACCACCCUUCAUGUUCAGCCAAACCACAAGCAGGGAGCACCGUGAGAGGUGUAUCAGGCCUCAGCUGUGAUUCGUUACUUCCCUUAGAUUCACUGCAUGGAAGCACUUUAUCGGAGGGGACUGCAAAGCAGUGAACUUUCUGAACACCUCGCGCUUUUAAAACAAGUUUAUUUCCCUUUGCGCUUUUAGCACAGAUAAACAGAAUGUAUUUGCUCAAACAAUUUGAUAUAUUGCCUUAUUUUUACACAAAUACACGACUGUGCAAAUUCAUAUUUUACAUACAGCAAGUAUUCAAAAUUUGGUAAAGCAUUAUAAGAAUAAAAUGCUUGCACUCUGUCUUAUAUGUUCUUGUGGUGUUCAUUGUGGAGUCAACAGGCAGCAUUUAGAUACCUGAAAGCUGGGGUAGGUGGGAUUCUUGAGAAGGCAAAAAAAUAAAAUAAAAUAAAUAAAUGUAAGCCCCUGAACCUAAAGAACCUCAACAAAAUUACUUUCCUGUACAACUAAACCUUCUUCCCAGUUAUGAUUUGAGGGGAAUGUAGUUUUAUCUGUGUUUGGAGGUCGGAGGCGAAUGAGGAAUUUACGUUCUGUGAUGACGACAGACCGGAUCGGUCUCAGACUUUUUCUCUUGUUGUUUACUUUACUUUAGCUAGGACUUCUACUAGAGGUUAUAAACAGGCCACCUUAAGCUGCAUUACCAACAUAAAAGUUUACCUUACCUCUGCUAUUUAUACCAAUAAUGGCAAUAAAACUAGUGUCCCUCACGAUGCUGAAACACAAAGACACUAGUGGCACAUUGAGGACAGAGGUUGCCGCUGAAUGACGGGCUGGCAGCACCUUUAAAUACAUGUGGAGGACUACAUUUAAGGUCUACAUUGCAGGUUCUAGUCCAUUCUGUGAUCGAAUGAGUGGAGGAGCAAACUUGCAUUCAAAGUGGAAAGGUUUGCUCCCACAGAAGGAAGAAGGAGUCAUCUGUUUCACCCCAACAUCCUACUGUCACUGCAGAGUUUGUUGCUGUUACUUACCUGCUCUGGCUGAAAACACCUGAUUGGUCCUCCAUCAGAGGCUAGAUUUUCUAAAUCCAGAUAGCUGAGCCAAGAGGAGGUGCAUAAGUCCAAGUUCCUCCGAGACCACUUGAAUUACAAUAUGUUAAAUACUGACGCCAUUGAUGCCAAAAAAUAAAAAAAAAUAAAUAAAAAAUGUACUGCCUACCCCAGCUUUAAUCUUAUCUGUUUUCUGGUCUCAGGAUUUCCUAAACCAUCAGGGUACCAUGUUUGCAUGCAUGAAUUAUUCAACCGGACAAGAUGGCUUAAUUAUUGGGGAGUAUUUUUAGUGGUGAAAAAAUACAGAAUUGGUGUUUCAGUGGUGGUGGGUGUUACUGGGAUUGGCUCAAACAAUGGAUGCAGUCAGAUAGUCUUUUAUUUGCUUUCCUAAUGGUUCAGGUCCACGGGGAUGUUUCUGGAGACAAGGGUCUCGCUGCCUCUCAACAUCGGACACAUGACGAUGGCGCGACUCGUCAGAUGAAAGAUGCUCUGUGUGUCCCUGAACUUUACUUGUGAGCUGUGCGCCAACAUGGUGGCUUGUUUUCAACUCAUAUUACGAAACCAAAAUGUACAACUGAGAACUUUUGAGGCAAUAAAUAAGCCACACAGCUGCAGA